AUGGCAGUCGCAUACCUCCUCCUCCUUAGCAAUAUCCACCCGGCCAAAGACGACUUGUGGAUUCCUGCACUACCAACUGUUUGCUCUGUAUGA